AUGUUCGCCCCACACACGAAUAUCAUGUCGAUUGCAAGAGUUCUUAUCAUAAUAGCUUCGAUUUCUGUAAUUUGUAUAACAUUAUUCAUAUCGCGACCUGUUACACGUGAGAGUUCAAUUAUAAUUGCUCCUAAAACACGGGAUAUGCGAGCUGAACAAAUUCGCCUGUUUGCAUUAAAUGCGAUGGUUAAAGCCAAUUCUCAUACGCUCCCACCACGAAGUAAGAACAUUUCUGCCAAAAACUUAUGCAGUCGUCGGAUGACAUGCGCACCGCACAACCGAAGAUAUGAAACAAUGUUGAAGGUGUCGCCAAAGUAUAAAAUGGUCAAUUGUGUAGUUCAAAAAUCCAUGUCUACAAUGAUGACGGGGGCCAUGUGCUAUUUAUACGAUGAGAAAGCUUAUGCUGACUCCGGGAGAACUUUUGAUGACGAAUUCAGUACUAGGUUUUGUAAAAAUAAGAAUGAGUUUUCAAGUGUAAACGCUGUACGCGAUGCUUAUAAUAUUUCAUUUGUCAAAACGGAUUGGCUAUUUUCCAUGAUAACAAGAGACCCUAUUGACAGAUUUGUGUCAGGAUAUGUAGAUAGAUGUGUCAGAAUAUCGCAGAAAAACGAAACUGGUCAGUGUAACGGGUGCGGAUUAAAUAUGACAUGUUUUAUUGAAAAUGAGUACAAAAGGCUGAUGGAAAUCUCGUUCAAACGAAAAACCCAUCGAACUAUGGAGGAUGCCCACUUUUUUCCACAGAUCUGGCAUUGUGAUCUCAAUGAAGAUUUGGAAUUUUUCGAGUUUAUUCAAUAUUCCAAUAAUCCAGAAACCACAAUGAUGCCACAACUAGAAGAAAUGCUGAAACGGCAAAAAGUACCAAGUGACUCGAUCAGAUUUAUUAAAAAUGAAUUACUAUAUAAAAAGUCGAGUCAUUCUACCACAGGGACACCAGCAAGCCGCUUCUAUCGUUCCAGGUACUCAUAA